AUGGACGCUACUGGUUCUCUCACAGAGGAUUACAAAACUCUCUUGCUAGAUGAUGUCUUUCGUACACAUGACAGGAGACGGAAAGUCUAUAAUCAUCAGGAACGCGAGAAAAUCGAAGCAUUCAAACAACAGUAUCUGGAUGCUGGAAGUAACCGUGGGCGAAAAGAGGUUGUAUGUUGCAUACUUCCAGUCCUGUUCAACUAUUGGAUUGAGACUGGGAGUCGAAUUGUUUCCCAGACAGAGGAAUUUGCCCAGCAGGAAGCAAAGAAAUUACUAAAAUGGAUAAGAAACAAUUGGCGCUCAGCAAAGCCGACCGAAGCGGAACUCACAGGCCACCCCAAAAAACGAACAACUAUUCUCUGGCGAACAAGAAAAGAAGAGGUCUACAAAGAGAUAGCCACAAUUUUGGGUAUUGAUUCAGUCACUGCUGGCACUCCAGGAAUUUUUGAGAACAGAAUGAAAGCUAUGGGAAAUAUUCUUGCACGCAUGUCCGACAACGAACUCAAACAACUUGACCUCGAGGGGAAAGCUUUAGAAUCAGUUGAAUAUUCCGAUGAGCAGAAGCGAGCUAAUGCCAACAAGCAUGCGUUUCGGAAAUUGGAUGAGGCUUCAAAGCGGAAUUGGGCGGAAAUGGGUCUUAUGACUAUUACAUUUGUUACACAGCUUACAGAGUCGGGACAGCUAGCUGUCCGGGUCCAUGAUGAAAUUGCCAAUAUCCUUGGAGUCACAUCAACAUCGUUUGAGGACCAAAAAUCUGCCGAAGUGACACAAUUGAAGAGAUUAAUCGGACUUUAUGUGCGCGGACUAUUGAAUGCUAAGAAUCGAGCCAGAGAUGGUGGAGGUGAUGGUGAUGGAUCCAGCAUUCUAAUGCUUGACCAGGAUGCACAGGGUUUCCCCAAGUUACCGCGGGACUUUGAGGCCGACAAAUUGAAUAAACGACAACUUGAAACUCUCAUGGGGUUGUACUUCAGUCAACAUUACAGUCUUGCAACAAAUGGCCGAAGCAAACACCCUCCAUAUGAUUACAUUGCCAAAAAACAAUCCGCAUUCAUAUCUCCCGACUACUUGCCUCAUGGACUAAAAUUGGCACCACCUAGAAACAUGACUAUUGAAGAUAUUCGUAUGUUAUUGACUCAUCUGCGUCAACGACAGGAAACCUUUUCACUCAAUCAGGUUUUCCGAUUCCGAAAGGUCAAAAAACACCGCAAAGGAGAGGAGAUAAUGUUCAGCCAGUAUCCCGAUGAAGAUAUUAGACUUGAUGAGCCAAAGCGUCCCAUUCCCGCUCCCAAAAAAAGUCGCCGCAGAGCAAAGAAAUCAUCAAAACCAACCCAAGUCGAAGCUCGACCCAUACACAUAGAGGAAAUGCCAGGUGCAUCUGGUCUCCUCUCAUUCGAAGUACCUUCAACACAAAUUACUAGCAUCGAUAACAUGCAUAUUGAUCCACAACUCCUUGGGCACGAAGUCUCUGUUAGGCCUCAAGAAACAUUUCCGAGUAAUCCGUCGCCAAAUCCAAUUGGACUUCAAGACAUGUCGGAAAUACACCAAUUUAGUCUGGCAUCUGGUCCCACCUCUAACCUUGACAUGAGCAACCCUGCUCUUUCUCAUCUACAAACAUUUGUAUAUCCGCCCCCAGAAUCAACAGCAAUAAAUAGUAGUGGUAAUGGAGGCAUACCACUAGCUAACAUACCCACUCCGCCACCGGCCGCUCCACAACCAGAACCUCCGGCUUCCGACAGUGUACAACCCGCCAAGUUGCCAAAUUCCCGACCUAAACCCCGACCCCGACGUAAGCCAGUUACUCCUGAGGAAAUUGCUCAAGCUGAAGAAAACCAUCGCCUGUUGGACGAAGCAAGAGAUAUAGAAAGGACUCUUCUUGCAAAUGGCAGUCUAACUGCAGACCCGUCUUCACACGUAUCCAACGAAUCGGCACAACCCAAAGGAAACCGCAGAAAGAGGCCGGAAGUUGAAGAGUCCUUAAUUAUCUCUGGUAAAAGGAUGCGUCGUGUACGGGAGAGAACCAGUUAG